CCCGGCCCCGCGCCCCCCGCAGCGCCCGGCUGCCGUGGGCGCCUCCCCCUAUGGAGCAGCCUCGCCAUGGAGCCCCUCACCGAGCUCAGCCAGGAGGGCGCGGGCGGCGGGGAGCCGCCGGGCGACGGGCCGCUCUGGACCGCUGUCUUCGAAUACGAGGCGUGCGGCGAGGACGAGCUGAGCCUGCGGCCGGGGGACGUGGUGCAGGUGCUGUCCCGGGACUCGCACGUGUCCGGCGACGAGGGCUGGUGGACGGGCAAGAUCGACCAGCGCGUCGGCAUCUUCCCCAGCAACUACGUGAGCAGCGGCGUGCAGGGGGGCGGCCCGGAGCUGCGCGCCCGAUACCCGCCGCCCCCCGCCAUACAGCUCCUAGAGAUCGACUUCUCAGAGCUUGUUCUGGAGGAAAUCAUUGGCAUAGGGGGCUUCGGAAAAGUCUAUCGAGCUGUAUGGAUAGGAGAUGAGGUUGCUGUCAAGGCAGCUCGCUAUGACCCCGAUGAGGACAUCAGCCAGACCAUUGAGAAUGUCCGCCAGGAGGCCAAGCUCUUUGCAAUGUUAAAGCAUCCCAACAUCAUUGCCCUCAGGGGCGUGUGCUUGAAGGAACCUAACCUUUGCCUGAUCAUGGAGUUUGCCCGCGGAGGAUCGCUCAAUAGGGUGCUGUCUGGUAAAAGGAUACCUCCUGACAUACUGGUGAACUGGGCAGUGCAGAUUGCCAGGGGAAUGAACUACCUGCACGAGGAAGCAAUUGUUCCCAUAAUUCACCGUGACCUCAAGUCCAGCAACAUACUGAUACUCGAAAAGGUGGAAAAUGGAGAUCUGAGCAACAAGAUGUUGAAGAUCACGGAUUUCGGCCUGGCCAGGGAAUGGCAUAAAACUACCAAAAUGAGCGCAGCUGGGACAUAUGCCUGGAUGGCUCCUGAGGUCAUCCGCUCUUCCAUGUUCUCCAAAGGCAGCGAUGUUUGGAGUUAUGGUGUGCUGCUUUGGGAGCUGCUGACAGGAGAAGUACCAUUCCGAGGAAUUGAUGGUCUGGCAGUAGCAUAUGGUGUUGCUAUGAAUAAGCUUGCCCUUCCAAUCCCUUCCACAUGUCCUGAGCCUUUUGCCAAACUCAUGGAAGAUUGCUGGAACCCUGACCCACACUCACGACCUUCCUUUGCCACUAUCCUAGACCAUCUUACUGCCAUAGAAGAGUCUGGUUUUUUUGAAAUGCCCAAAGAUUCCUUCCACUCCCUGCAGGAAGACUGGAAACAAGAGAUCCAAGAGAUGUUUGAUCAGCUUAGAGCCAAAGAAAAGGAGCUGCGCACAUGGGAAGAAGAGCUGACUCGUGCUGCUGUUGAACAGAAGAACCAUGAGGAGCUGCUACGAAGGCGGGAACAGGAGCUGGCAGAACGUGAGAUUGACAUCCUGGAAAGGGAGCUCAACAUCAUCAUCCACCAGCUGUGUCAGGAGAAGCCUCGGGUCAAGAAACGCAUGGGGAAGUUCAAGAGGAGUCGGCUCAAGUUAAAGGAUGGCAAUCAUAUCAGCUUGCCUUCAGAUUUUCAGCAUAAAUUCACUGUGCAGGCUUCUCCAACAAUGGACAAAAGGAAAAGCUUGAUCAGUAGCUGCUCCAGCCCUCCUGCAAGUCCUACCAUUAUUCCCAGACUCAGGGCCAUACAGUUGACGCCUGCUGAAAGCAGUAAAACGUGGGGACGAAGCUCAGUCCUUCCAAAGGAGGAAGGAGAGGAAGAAGAGAAGAGAGGCCAGAAGAAAAAGGGACGCACUUGGGGACCAAGCUCACUUUGUCACAAGGAGCUAGGUGCAGGAGAAGAGGGUCUGAAAGCUCUGGUGGAAGGAUGCAAACAGUGGUCAUCCAGUGCACCAAAUCUUGGGAAGAUCCAGAGAACUGCACCUGCUUUUCCAGGAUUCACCAGCUUAGCAGAGAUUGAUGAUGAGGACAGUGAAUGUUUUAAUGGAGAGGGCAAAGUGCACCCUUCACCUGUGCACAAUCAGUCAUACCUCUGCAUCCCAUUUCAGAAGAAUGAAGAAUGGGAUGGCCCUUCUAGUGAUGCCAAUGAGGAGUCCACCCCUGUAAACUCUGCUACCAGUACCCCACAGCUGACACCCACCAACAGCCUCAAACGUAGCGGCUCCCACCACAAGCGAUGCGAGGUUGCACUGCUUGGCUGUGGAGCAGUGCUGGCUGCUGCAGGCCUGGGUUUUGAUCUGUUAGAAGCAGGGAAGUGCCAGCUGGUGAUUGAGGAAGAGCCAGAGGUGCCCAAGGAAGAGAAGAAGAAGCGUGACAGCAUUUUUCAGCGAGCUGGACGCCCGCGCAGGAGCACUAGUCCACCUUCCCGGAAGAUCUUCAGGAAGGAUGAUCCCCUGUUGUUGCUAGGCGAGCCAUCCACAUCCCUCACCCUUCUUUCCCUGUCUUCCAUUUCCGAAUGUAAUUCCACCCGCUCUCUGCUGCGCUCAGACAGUGAUGAGAUUGUGGUUUAUGAGAUGCCUGUCAGCCCAGUGACAGUCAAAGCUCCCUUGCCAGCUAUUACAAACCCACUGGUCAAUGUCCAGAUCGAGAGGUUCAAACAAGACCCCAACCAGUCCCUGACUCCCACACACGUGACGCUCUCUUCCCACACCCAGCAAAGUGGACACAGGCGCACACCUUCUGAUGGAGCCAUCAAAGGGGGUGGACUGGUUGUCAAUGGGUGCCCAACCAGUGGAUGCCCUUCCAGUAGCUGUUUAACUGGAGCACUGGGAGCAGGUGUAUUAAAAACACCUAGCCCAAGCAGAGAUCCCAGUGAGGUCCCUCGCCUGCCAGACCCCAACCUUGUUUUUCCUCCAACCCCGAGACGAUGGAAUGCACAGCAGGAUCCCACACUGGAAAGACCCAAGACACUGGAGUUCCUACCCCGGCCGCGUCCUGCAGCCAGUCGGCAGCGGCUCGAUCCCUGGUGGUUUGUGUCACCCAGCAAUGCCAAGGGUGAGUCUUCUGCCAACAGUUCAAGUACUGAUACUCCAAGCAAUCUGGACUCUUGUUUUGCUAGUAGCAGCAGCACUGUAGAAGAGAGACCUGGACUGCCUGCACUGCUUCCUUUCCAGGUGGGUCCUCCUGCAGAGGAGCGGACACUGUUGGACAUGGAUGCUGAGGGGCAGAGCCAGGACAGCACCAUUCCGCUAUGCAGAAGUGAACUUAACACACACAAAGCUGCAGCAUACGAACUCAAGCAAGAAUUCUGGUCUUAAUAUGAAACCACUGGGGGCAGUGAGCCCCUCUAAAUUCAAUUCUACUUUUUGCACUGAGAAUGCACUUUGAAAACAGAUGAGAUGGAGGGAUGCUACAGAGAUGAUAUGGUGCUGCCUCGGCUGAAGAUGUGUUGUCAGCUGCCUGAUUUUUGUCUGCAUUUGGGUGAAACUUGGCAACUCUGAGCUGCUGACUUUUGCUGUGGGGUUUUCCUGUAGUCUUCCCUGCCCUCUUAUUGCAGUUUGAAUCUGCAAUGAGCUAAAAGUAUCAUAUCAAAGUCUUUUGUUACUGACCUUGUAGAAUUUGGCACCUGGCAGUAAGUAUCUUGGUAUCCUGGUAUUAAUCAGUAUUUUCAAAUAAUAGUCAGAUAUUACACUACAGCAGACAUCAGUGUUUGAUGUUUUCCCAAGGAAUCCAGAACAGAAACAAAUAAAUAUCUGGAGACUACCUUCUCUGAAAUACAUUCAGAUCAUUAGACAGGCCUGGGAAUCAUCAUACCCCCACUGAAAUAGCAGAAGUAGCUAUCUUAAGACUUGUUUGUCCUCUUUUGCUCAUGUGAUAGUGUAAGGUGGAACAGAUGGCAGGGGAAGGGCAUGGCGUCUCCACUGGUGGAGGUCUUUGAGAGCAGGUGAACCAGACUGUUGGAAACAAGUAGGUGUAGUUGAUCCUGGCUUCAGGGUAGGUUGGAUGAACUUCAGUGAACUCCUGAGGUCCCUCUCAGCCCUAUUUAUUUUAUGACCCUGUGCUUUCAAGAUGAAGGCUUAUAGUUUAGCUGUUUAGCUUGGGUUUGGUUUUUUUUCCAGACUUUUGUUCCAUCAGUCUCUUCUCUUCCCUCCCUGUUUCUCAGGCUCAUAGUCAAGUUGACUCAGCUUUGAAAGGGGAGUUAGCAGAAACUUUCUUUAAAGAUGUGUUGGCUUGCAGAAGGAAGUAAAUUAUGUGUUUCCAAAUAUUUUUCUUUCUAUUUUUUUCUCCUUUCUUACACCUUUCAGGAGUGACCAAUGAAAAAACAAGUACCAUUGGUACUUGUUUAAGGCUGUUUUGAAAAUGAGACUUGUUAGUAGUUGGAUUGUGCAAAAAGGAAUCAGAACAUCUGGAUUCUGUUUUAUUUUGUCACUGACUUCACUGUGUGACCCUGGGCAAAUAAUGUAACCUCUGUGCCUGAAUUUCCCCAUCUGUAAAUAAUAGGAAUAAUACCUACCUCACAAGGGGAGGGGUUGGGACAUAUAUAAUAGGUGUAAAGUCCUUUGAGAUCUUUGAGUGAAAGGCACUAUAGAUAUGUAGACCUUUAUUCUUGUUCAAAUAUGUAAACCACUCCUAGAUCUGGAGCAAGAACAGACCCCUGUCUGGAAAGAGGAAGUCACACAGAUAAGGUGUGCCUGUGCUCAGAGUUUUCUGUACAAAGACUUCAAGUGUGUCUGUGCCACUGCAGGUAUGUCUUACUGGCUGUAAUGAGAGCUUCAAUCUUCCCCAAAUUUGGCAUUAUAUAUAAGGGAUGUGGCCUUUAUGUGAGUGUAAUAGGGUAGUCUGCUUUAUUGCAGGGUACAGCAUGUCUGUUCACUGGUUUUGUACAGAUCUGUGCUUGUUCUGCUAAUCCGCUGAUAUUUGGUUGCAAAGAAGUCAUUUGACAGUGCUGCCAGUGCAGUGCUCAGCCUGUUGGGGCAGUCCAGUCCUGCUGUGAAGGCAGGAGAGCCGAAUCCUUCCUGCAGCUGUCAGCACAGUGAACUUGUGUGUUUAGAUGUUUGUAACCUGAUUUUAAAAACCAGCAUGUUUGAGGAAGAACUGUAUGUAAGGCUUUUUAGUUCUGUGAGAGGACUGAAACUAGCAUGUUCCCAUUAGUCAAGAGCACCUUUUUUUCCUCAGAAUUACAGUAUGUUUUGUUUUGAAAGGUCACGUAUUUCUUGCUUAUCACAUUCCAUGGAAAAUGCUUAAUAGCAGGGUUACUUUCUGCUGCCUGUUAAAUGCUCCAGAGCUAGCCUUAAUGGUGCUACACUAGAUGUUGAAGCUGGAGAGACUGUUGACUGUUUAGACAAGGUAUUAUGAUAAGGCAAGAUGGGAUUCAGAUACGUAAAGAAAACAUUUCUGACUAUUUUGUUAAAUUUAGACCUUUGGCAUUAUUGAUUUCUUAAGCAUCCUUUUGCUUUCCAUUUCUGAAAACUCAGUUUGUGACCCAGACACUAGCAAAAAGGCAAAACUCAUCCAAAAGUUUACUAAUUUUGAUUGUGCUAUAAAUCAACCUUAUUGCAAUCUCAGUAAGAGGCGGUGUCAGAGGGAUUUGAAAGAAGGACAUGAAAAUAAUUUAUUUUUCAUAGUCUUCCUUAUAAUUUUAAAACACCUGGAACAAAACUGGAUCAGCUGUUCUGAAAUGUUAUGUUUUCUAUCCAAAAGGUAUCAUUAUAAAUGUCAUAGAGAGUAUCAUCUGCUCUGCAAAGGCAUCCCCUGGAAUAGCUCCAUUUGAACAGAAAUCUUUCAAAUCCAUUUACUUGCAUGAAAUGGGAGGACAUCUUUCUAGGUCACACUAUAUAACUGAUAUAACUCAGCCUGCUAAACUUUGUAAUAUCUGGCCAGUUGAUUUCACCAAAUGAACUUUUAAGGUUUCUGUCACGUUCCCGGGAAAGAGAAAUGUAAAGGCAAGUUUUUCAGUCACCUCUUGUACUAAGGAAAGUUGAGAACAAAGAAUUAAUCUGUUGCCCUUCUCCCCCUGUUAUGUAAUCACUUGGUGAAGGUGGUAUGUAGCUGAACUUUGAGAAGUACUUUGGUCCAAAGAGUAUCUUCCCUAAUGCCAAGUGGACAUUGCUACAUCAAAAAGCUUGGUAGGAUGGAUGACAAGAGUCAAGGAUCCCGGUCAGGGUUACCAAACUAGAUACUGUUAUUACAAAGCUGCCAGACAGACUAGUUAGAAGUAUACUGGUUGGUAUGUGUUUGUCUUGUGGUUUUUAUUUGGGUUUUUUUUAACCUUUCUUUGAUGCAAUUAUCAUCAUUGACUCUAGCAUGUGAGUUAUCUGAGAAAGUCUUUGAGCAUGCACCUGUAACUGUCUUCAAGGGGCCAGCCUGAGGUGUCAGGCAAGAGGAGUCAGUUGUGAAAACAAGGCUGCUGAUGUCACUAGGUGGUGGGGUAUUCUCAGGCAGGCAGGGAGGGGGCUCUCAAGACUUGUCAGGUAUUUUACCUUAUGUACUCCAAAAGCUUUUGCAGCCAGUGUCCUGAGGCCCAGAGGCUGUGUGCAUGUUUAAGCUAGGUCAAAACCUCUCUCUAUAUCCUCUGUCCCCUCCUGGCUUGAAUUCUCUGCUUUCUUAAUCUAUUGGGGUUUUUUCUUCUCAGCUGUGGGAGCUGAGGUGCUCCAAAUCUCCAAAGCAGGGGUUGACUUUAUUCCACUAGACAGUGAGAGGUAUGAGCCCGUCAGCUCAGAAAUAUUUUUUUCCUGCUGGUUGCUAGUGGUUCCAUUUGUCAGGGAAACAAAAAUCUCAGAAUAUUGGUCAUUGGCUUACCUUUAUAGUAGUAUUCUUGAGGAAGAUGGUGAAAAUCUUACUUUAAAAAAAUUAUAACAAAUGUUAGGUUGUUUCCUAAAUGUCUGAAUAAGUUGCAUUUUUGUUUUGUCUGAGAAAAUGAAAAAAAGAAAGCAUGAAAGUCACUGAGCAGUCUAAAACAAUGACAAAAGAAUGGAGAAAACUAUGUUUGAAUACAAGCCUUACAAAGAGGAAGUGGCAGUUUUUUAACUGAUAGUAAUAAUGAGAUUGUAGCUGAGAGAAAUACUUGUGGUUUCAAAAUAUAUUUGUAUUUUUGUUUAGUCAGCUGGCAGUGUGUAUCACUAAUUUAUGUAAUUGAUGUGCUGAUUUAGGAAAUGAAAUAGAAAGAAGUGUGUCAGGCCUUCAAAGUAUGCUAUCCUUGUAGCAUAAACAGUUUUCCUGUAAUUGGAAUAUAAUAUGGAUACUGGGAGGAAGGCACAGACAUAGCAACCACUGCAAAAAAGGACAAUUUUUUGGAUUAAUCUCUACUGGCUUCAUAUAAAUUGAGUAUGGGACAAGUAGAGAGAAAAAAGCUUUUGUGUCAAAACUAAGGUGAUUAAAUAAUUACGGAUUCUUUUCUAAUACUGUGUGUCUUAAUCUCCUCUCAAUCAGUUUUAGAGGUGCAAAUGUACCUUUUUAUACAUAUUUUCCCUCCAGUUUAUUACUGCAAUGCAUUGAUAUUUAGUAUGAGGCAGGGAACUUUGGUGAAAAUACUCUUUUUGUAGUAGUUUUCUAACAAAAUGAGUAUUUUAAAGUGAAUUUUUGUUAUUGAUGGGGAAAGACCUGUUCUGGUUUGGCAUGGUUUUAUGAUGAAAUAUUUUUCUGUACCUCUAGGAAUGGGAGUAGUUGCCUUCCUCUUCAUAGCAUGCUGUUAUCUUGAGACAUUGUGGACAAUACUGCAUAGAGAUGUAACUUCAAUAACUCACAAAACUGGAUACCUCUCAUCUUGUUGAAGGUGAGGCAGUAAUGGUCAAGUAAAGAAAGGUCUUUGCCUUUGGAGUGUUUUGUUCAAUAAAACAUGUAGGAAACCUCCGACCUUGAGUCACCUUUCUAUCUUGAGAUUAAUUUUUAUUUAAAACCUAAUUCAUCCCUGUGGGAUGAAUAUGGGACCUGGAGUCUCAUUGGAUGUAUGGAAUCAAAACUUCUCCUACAUCCCAAAAUUCAGUGAUAGCCUGUUAUUUUUGCAAGUAAUUUUAAGCUAAUGUAAAUAGGUUUGUUUCUUUUUGGUUUUUGAAAUGUUUCUCCUUGGAAAACGUGCUUCUUGCUUUCUAACCUUUUACAUGCACUUUGGAGAUACUCUCAAGAACUCUUACCAACCCUAUGCGUGAUUUAAGUUCUUUUCAACUUUUUUUUUUUUUUUUUGGUAUGAAAAAGGACAUUUACAUUUGAAAAGAUUUGUGAUCCUUACCCUGUCACUGAACAACAGUUUCUUAGCUUCCAUGUUUAGAACUUAUUUAAGACUACAAUUUGGGUAAAACUGGACAUUAAAAGUGAGGGGAUAGACAUGUGUUAAAACAUAUUUGCAAACAAGCAAUAAAUACAGCAAAUACAAUAACUAAAAUACACUGUUAAAGAGCAUAACAUUCAGACUUCAUGAAUCUUUGGUUGAUGAUAUAAUUAAGGUAUCUAUAGGGAAAAAUGCCUUCUUAUGUUUUUUCUUAAUUUUACUGUUUUGAUAGUAGAAUACAGUGGUUUGCACAGCCAGCUAAUAUGGUAGCUAGCUGGACAGAAAGGAUCUUUAACCAAAUCUGAUUUUUUUUCCCCUCUUAUUUUCAAUCCAGGUUUUGGUUUAAAUGUUUUUGUGUCUUUUUUUGGUGUUUAACAAUCAAUAUAGUCUUAAGAAAUACUUAUUGUUGUUAAUCUCAAUUUCACAGUUUCAUUAGGCAUUAUGGACAUGAAUCUGUGGCUUAUUCUGGUGCUCCUUCUAUUGAAUGCAUUAGUAGAAAGUCAUGCUGCAGUUAAAAUGUGCAUUUGCUUUUGGUUUUUCCCAUGCUUGGCUUUUUUUAAAUAGUUUUGCCACUGGUCAGAGAUGAACACGACUUCUGAAAUUCCCUACGUAAACUUUUUUUUUAUGUUGGAAGUAGUCACUCCCAGGCUAGGAAGUGUGUGCUUGAUUAACAAAUAGCUUGCCACUGGUGACUGGGUAGUGGGUCUGAUGUAGAUACUGGAAUUAUUAUUGUUCCUUUCUAACAAGGACCUCCCAUUUUUUGUAACUGGAAAUUCUUCAGCACUUCCUCAACAUUUUGGCUAUUUUGAGAACAUUUAGAGAAAUGCAUUUUAGCUCCUUUUGUACAUAGUGAAAAAUCUUCCUUUUUCCAAUCAGGAACAUAAUUUUCCUAGUGAGAAUGGCUUCUCGAGCUCUGUGGUUUUCUUUGUUAGUUUUCUGUUUGGGGAAAUUGUUUAUUUUGGGUUUGCUUUUUAAGCCUCUCAAUUAUAUAUGUGUGUUAGGUGCAUCCUUGUAUGCCAAGGUGCCUUCCAUCUCACAUAUCUCCUUACUGGGGCCUGGGUUGGUUUUUUGGAGUGACCUCCUAGUUGUAGCUUUCAGUAUUUUCAGGCCAAAUACCAUCAUUGGAAACCUUUUGUGUCAUCCCAUUUACCCUCCUGUGCUGAGCCAUGUACUAUCACUGCCUCUCCCUAUUUCUCCACUGGGGUUUUGGCCCCAUCCCAUCUUUAUUGGUUAUUUAUUCUUGUUGCCAUAGUAACAAGUGCGAGGCAGAAAAUCAUACACAUUUCAGAUGUGCUUUGACCUAAAAGAUUUCCAUGCUACAAGCAUAGGAUACAACUGAGGGAAGUGGAGGUUGGCAGGAAAUAACACAGUGAAAUUAUCUUCUUAAUGUAAGUCAGAGGACAGAGGAAUUCUAGCUACCUGGUAAACUGUUGGCAUCAUAGUUACGUUGGAUCCUAAAGAAGAAUUUGAGGAAUGUACAGUUACUUAAUUUGAUAGAAUGAUUUGGGUUGGAAGGCACCUUAAAUGUCAUGUAGUUCCAGUGCCCCUGCUAUGGACAGGGACGCUUUCCAGGUUACUCAAAGCCCCAUCCAACUUACCCAGUUUCUGGUUGGUUUGUUUUGUUUUACCCUGAACUACCUCAUCUGUAGAGAUAGAAUGGGCAGAAAGUCUAAGUUUUGGUAAGAAUUGCUCUAAGUAUUUAAGGUUGCAAUGAGAUGGGAAGGCAGAGGCAAACUUGUAUUUGGCUCUUUGACAUGCAAAUUCCUGAUGCAAAAGUAAAACCAGCUAUUAAGAUUAUACUUGCUUUAUACUUUAUUUAUGUUUCCAAAAUAAACAAUAAAGGACAAAGUGGGGCAUUUUCUUGAUAGUUUCUAACUUGUGGAAGGGUUGAUUGUCCAGAGUCAAAAAGGUGGAGAUUUCAUAUUGGUCACUACUGCUUUUAGAAGUGAUAGUCUCUUUUUUCAAAGCAGUUUGUUGGUUUUUUUGUUUUUUUUUUUUUUUUUAAUAAUUUAAUGUGCUCUUAAAGUGGAGCUGUGCAUGAUCCUUGUAUUUGCAGUAUUGUUUUCCUAGUGUAUCAGCUCCUAAUGCAGUCCUUACUGUAUCUGAAUGCUAAUAAUGUGCAGACAGCCCAACAGAACUAAUAUUAAGGAACUAUGACACAUUUUUAGUGUGCAAUAUGGUGGAUUUAUUAACCCAGCAUGAAGUGGGCUACUGUUAGGUCUGUUGUUGAUGGGUCAGAUGGAUGCACAGCUAGGAAAAGGGGGCUUAGAACAAAUCUGCAGGAGCAAUGCCAAAGUAGUAUUUGCUUAAAAUAAGCAAUUUGAAAAAUAAGCAUGGAGGGUGGCAGGGGGGAGGGCCUUAAUUAAUCAGAAAUACAUCUAUCAGAUGUUGUCCAUGCUCAAACUUUAAGUUGCCAGGAUAGCUAGUGAGAAUCUACAUUGUGUUCAGUAUGGCUGAAACCUCAACAUUAAGACAAGAAUAAUUAAUUUUAUAUAUGCUAGUUCAGACUGAUAACACUGUCUCCCAUUCUAUCUUGAUUGUUUCAAUUCAGCAUUUUUUCAAGAACAGAUGUUGAGGUUGGAUAAAACUGGCCUUCUGCUCUUGGAGAGUCAUAUAGUUCUGAGAGAGAAGAAACAUGGCUGUAGCCAUGUCCUGAUCUUUUGUGUCUUGUGAUCUUAGCUGGAGAGGUUAUAGUGGUGCAGCAGGACAUGCUGGUGUUGUUCCAAGCUUCAUUAAUAAGAAUGCCUUCAACAGCAGUUAAGUUACAGAACAAACCAACAAACCUGGCCUCUGAUUACUGUUUGGCAUAGCUCAGUUGCAUACUGAGCUCCUUGAGUCUGACUAUAUCUGGAGGUGAACAGAGCUUCUUCCUUGAAUUCUGCUGGAAUUUGUGAAUGUGGCCACUUCUCAUCUGGGGUAAUUUGUUUUCUCCCAGGCUCAGUCAAUGUCACAGAAUCAAUUGUCACCCUCAACUUACUGCCCAGAUACUCAUAGUAGGCUUGUUCUUCUGUCUUGCAUCUUUAGUGAGCAGCUCUUACAAUGUCAACAGGGUUAGCAUUUGUAUCUGAGCAGAGCAGCUAAUAUCUCUGAUCUGACUUUUCACACUGCAUCUCAAGCAGUUGUUACUCCAUCAGUUCUGCCAUUGCUCUAUUUUCAAGGUUAUCUUGACAACUAUAAUAUCCAGACUGUAAAGAAUAUAGCCACAAGAAAAAAAUAAUAGGUUUAAAAGAAAGAAUAUUCAGGAGUGUUUGCCAGCUGAACUGGUUGAAUUUGGCCAGUGCUCUUGGCAGAGAGUAGGAUCCAUUCUUUUGCAACAUAUAUCUCUCUGGGGAAUGGUUUGGUUUGAACUGCAGAAUUUACCUAGAUUCACAUAAAGUCCAUGGGCACCCGUGCCCAUUACGUUUGGCAGUUAUAAGAAGAUACUGCAUAAACCCAAGAGCAGCUAGUAAUAAAAGUUUGCAUUUAGGGUAAUUAACUUUCAAGUUAAAAGGGAAGAAGCCUCAAUUCAGAAAGCUCUUCAUCACAUACUUAAAUAUCACUGAAAUCAGUGGAAUGUAUUUGUGGGUCAAAAUGCACAAGACCCCAGCUGAGCAAAGCUCUUUUAAUCUGAAUUGGGGGAUUGUUGUGUAGAAACUGAUGGUAAAGGACCGGGUUCUUACCUUGAUUGUCAGAGUAAGAGGUCAAUUAACCUGAGGAACAAGUUCCUCAACAAGCCCCUGGGUAAAUGCUGUUCGAUUGCUGACUCUUGUGGCCUUUCCAUGGCUUCAUAUGCCAUGCCUAUUUGACUGCUACUUCUAACCAUAACCAGGGUAAGCUUUGAGAAUGUUUUCUGACAUGGGGUAAAGAGCUUCUGCAUUAGCAGAUUGCUAGCUGUAAAGGGGCAGUAAGUGGUGACUAGAGACUGUGUGUGCAAAUGGCAGUUUAACCUGAGGCCUAUUCUCAAGUGUUUCUUCUCAUUUUGCAAAUGCAUCCCUCCAGGCUGGUGGACAGACCUGACAAGCUCAGCGGUGAUCAACAUCCGCCAUUUUUACUAGAGUUCUAGGAUUCUUGUCUAUCAGCUGUUGGCACAGCACGCUGUGCUGCUAUAUUUGAUUUCUUUGUCAUAAAUUCAGGACAAGCUGGAAAUAUCUGAGAUAUUUUGCCUAACUUAAGUUGAGAGACUUAUAUGGAGUGAGCAGGCAACAGUGGUGGAAAAAUCAGGGAAAAUACCUGUGCUUUUAACAAUGUCUUUUCUGUGGCUUUGAAAGUCCAAGAAUUUCUCAGCCAGAGAAUGUAUUUCCUCCUUCUUUUUAUAAGCUACUUCUUUCUUUUGCCUUAUUAAUUGUGAAUCUGCUCCUGCUUCUAUUUCAAGCCAGAUGCAAAAAUUGGUGACCUGACUUUCCUAGGUACAGUGUUGUGAAUCUGAAUAACCAGGUGAGUAGAUUUCUCUAGUGUAAGAUCAUGCCCCCAUGUCUGAUCCUUUGAGAUAUGGAAUAGUUCCUGCUUGUGCUGAAAUCACUGUGUAGAGGGUGUUGGGUGCUUCAUAAGGAACUCCAGACUCUGUAGGACUGGGAUUCAUCUUACAGCUUGAGUAUUUCAGUCUGGUUUUGGAGACCUCUGUAUGUCUUCUCUUCUGUUUAUGGUGUUCAAAAGUUGUUGCUAUGGAAGUAGCACCUGAAGGUAUGUUUUGCCCGAAGAACCUGCAAUGAAGCAGUUACAUUACCAAAUGACAGUGUACCCCAGAAUUGAGUAAAAUGACAGAGGCCACCAAGUUUUUCUUGUUUGUGUGAUGAAAUGUUGUCAUAUUAAGUGAUUUGUUGGAGCCUUCCUUUAACUUCUGUAAAGCAGUAAGCUUAGAGGAAAAGAAGAUUGCAUUUUUAAAAAGCUUUAUUUGUGACCUGGACUUGUUGCCUCUGACCCUCUUGGGCUUAAAUAGUUAAAUUAUAUUAAUGUCCAGUUUGUUUCACUGUAGGUAACACAUCAACUGAAUACUCUCGUGCAUAAUCUACUGUAUCUUUCCUCUGUUCUGUGUCAAUGUAUUAUGUGUAUUUGGAUUACAGUUCUUUUUGUAUUAAAUUAUUUUAUGUUAUAGAACAAUAUUUAAGUGAAGCAAAGAGCUAAUGGAAGUUGUUGAUGUUUUGGGAUUUCUUUUCUCUUUGCUCUUUUUUUGGAUGUACUGUAAAUUGUAAACCAAGGAUGCCAAGCAGGCUUGGUUCAAUGGCUAAAAUUAUUGUAUUACAGUGUAAUGCUGAUCUAGGCCUUGUCUCAACACUAGAGCACACAGACUUGAAUAAAACUGUUAUAAAAGCCA